AUAACUUUAGCUAGUUUUUUACGGAACACUUAACUUUAGCUAGCUAGAAUGGUCUUUGCACGUACAAACAUCCUUGUAUUCAAUCAUAUCUUCUUAGGCGGGUGGUAAAUAUUCAAGAAGUAAUCAUAUGCUUCUGGUCUGAUAAAGUUUCAUCUUACAAUGAAAGAGAACAAUACUUUAGAAACAAGGAAACUCAUGUGUUGUUUCCUAUUCAUGGAUUGGUCAUUUUCCGACUAGCUAUUUGGCAUUAACAUAUGUGGUGGUCUAUCUGUUUAUUAGCUGAGAGACACGUCCACAGAGACGAGAACAUGUUCAGGUCAUUUCAUAUAUAUAGCAAUUCCGAUACUAUACAUAACGCCUUUAUUAAAACGUACACAUAAUAAUUUUAUUUUUAAUGUUUCAGGUUCAAGUGUUUUACCAUACAAUCUUUGGAAUAGUUGAUAGACUUCUACACAAUGAUGCAUUCUUUGUAAAAAAGUUUUCUUUUGUUAUGAAUAUAAAAUUUUCAUUCAUUAAAAAAAAAGUUUCAGGUCUAAAAACUCUAUAAUCAGAAAUAAAAAAAAUUAAAAAUGGUAGAAGCUAUAAUACGAAUCAAAUAUAAUUUCUUGCCCUAAGUAUCCAGAAAAAAUGGACUACUUAUUGGUCUACCAAUAAAAUUAGAAUUGAUGCAAAUGAACGUACAACAAAAAGUAAAACUUGACAUACGUAAUGUACACCUACAUUGUUUGACCUAGUACACGUUCACGUAUUAUGAUGUACAUCAUACCUAUACAAAUUUCAAAUCUACAAAUUAACUAGGGUAGAAUAAGUUUACCAAAAAAUAAGCUAGCGUUACUCCCUUUUUACUGAUCUCGCCAGGGUUAUGGCAAGUAAUGACGACAUAUUUAACAUUUCAAUACCACGUACGUACCAAAAGUAUAAUUAUGACCAACCGCACCAGCCAGUUUAUUUGAACGAUAAUUUGGUUUGCGACUAAUUAUUCCGCUUAGUGAGUUGGUAAUAUAUAUCAUACCAUAUCACUACCUUUAACUUAACAGUCUCCAAAGCUACAAAAUAUCGUACUCCGAUAGAAAUAUGGCCAAUACAACCCAUUAACCGUAACAUAUAUUUUUUUGGGGUAAAAAAACCGUAAUAGAUUUAAAGCAUACGAAUUAUGUAUUUAUUUUAAACAAAUGUGAAGUACUUAACCUCAAACUCUAGACAUCAAAUUUAACAUCAAAUUUAACAGCAAAUUGCCUAUGGACGUAAACGUACGACUUGCAUUUUCUAUAUAAACAUUAUUUUUGGUCUAAUUUAUAAACUUUAUAGAUCUGUUUACACCAAUUUUUUUUAUAGAUCUGAUAAAACUAUACGUAAAUAGUGUUUAUUAAAAAGAACUUGAAAAUCUUUUAAUAAAAACUAUAUAUGAAUGUUUUUAUCAAACAUAAUGUUUUUUUUUUGUAACACUAUCAAACAUAAUGUUUAAGAGUACAAAUUAAAAAGUAUUCCCAAAACUGACAAAAUAUUAUUUUUUUACUAAAGGCUUUCAAAAUAUUGACAAAAUAUUGUUUGGAUUUUUUUAAGUCUGAAAACGUACCUAAUUCAAAAAGGAAAAAGACUGAACCAAAUUAAUCCUCAUUUCUACAUAAAAUAUAUUAGGAUGAGUUAAUCCGUUUGAUGGUUGCCUGUUUAAAAAAUGAUUUGGUUUUAGGUUUUAGACCGUCGCAUUUAAUGAUCAAUCCACAAUAAACCAUUAGAUGCAAGGUUUGGACCGGUCAGGCCAAGUAUUUCUUAAGUUAACCAUCAACAUGUAAAAAUCGGUCCUACUUCUACAAGAGCUGCCCCUGAGUGGCAUGAGGGUUCGUUCCCACAAGAACAUCUUUUAAUAUAGGUUGGCCAAGGGCGAAAAUGACUUUAGAGGGUUUGUUUGCCUUUUACUCCAUGAUAAUGAUGGUACCAAUAAUACUCCUGGAGUCGUAACCAACUAAAAUAUAUUGCAUUAAUCCAGUAAUCUUAUCACUUAAUUUCUGAAUAAGCAAUCACCAAUGUCAAUAACUUGUGAUUCAUAACCCUCGCCCAAUUAUUUUAUUAGUCUCGGAAGUGAUGUAAUAUCUCUAGAACAUACAUCCAUUAUUUUAGGAGAGUCGAUAUUCACGUUAUUAGAUAAUGUAAACAAUUUAUUUUGAUGUAAAUUGAAUUUGAUUAACAUCGAUAUCUUAAUUAUAUAUUUCACUAACGAAUUGAUUCAUACUCACUAUAACCAACAUUACAUGCUUUGUUUUUUCUAAAAACACACACACACAACAACAUGCUUUUUGUACUGUUUUGUCAGAUCAACUCUUUUGUCAACUUCCGCCUUCACUAUUUAGACCUAUUGAUUUUCAUAUGUGACAGUGACACCAAUUCAUCAAGGGAUUAUAAGUUAUAACAUAGUUGUGCUGUUUAGUUCUUGACCCAGAUCUUAGAUUAUAGGAAUUUUAAUUUCUUAUAUUCUUAUGAUAAUGCACUGGUCAAAAAGAAGAAAUAAUCAUACUAUUCACACCAAAAGAUGCUAUUUCAGCCACAUAUUUAUAAGAAAAUCAUAUAAGAUUUGAAAUCAAUUAUUAUAUGAUAUCUGGCAAUAUUUGUUUCCUUCGAAGCAAUGUUUUGCAUUUCCAAACGCCUCUCUUCUAAAUAAGUACUAAGUACCAUGAGUACCGUUCACAUAAUCACUCCGUAUAAUCAUGCGUUUUUCUCACACAAUAUCCCUUUCAAUCUUUUGUCUCCUCGUCACUAUAUCGACCGUCCGUUCCGUGCCACCACAACCACCGGUACGAUGCGACCAAACCGGCUGCACCGUCUCGAGCGCCUACGGAACGUGGCCUGACCGGAAAACCUGCAAGGCGGCUAACAUCACAUACCCAACGACGGAGGAAGAGCUUCGUAAAGCCGUGGCUUACGCGUCUGAGCGCAAUCUCAAGGUCAAAACCGUCACCAAAUUCUCUCACACCAUACCUAAACUCGCUUGCCCUUCCGGUUCAGACGCAAUGCUAAUCAGCACAUCAAAAUACAACUCGGUUAUCGAAAUUGAACCGGACCGGUUAACGGUUACGGCUGACUCGGGAGUGUCGUUGAGGGAGCUGAUCGAUAAAGUGGAAGCAGCUGGGUUUAGCAUAGGAACAUCGCCGUAUUGGGAAGGAGUGAGUAUUGGUGGGCUUAUUAGUACUGGGUCCCACGGAAGCUCGUGGUCGGGACGAGGCGGUUCGGUUCACGAUCAUGUUGUCGGAAUCAGCCUUGUGGUUCCAGCGAAUUCAUCUGAACGUUACGCUAAAGUUAUUAGACUCGAAGAAGGGAGAGACGAUAAGCUUCUUAACGCCGUUAAAGUGUCAUUGGGUGUUUUAGGAGUAAUCUCAAAGGUAAAGCUUUCGAUAGAGAAAGCAUUCAAGAGAAGUAUCACGUAUAACUUCACAUCUGACGUAGCUCUUGAAGAAAUUUUCAUGGAGCAUGGCAAGAGAUUCGAGUUCGGAGACAUCACUUGGUAUCCUUCUAGAAAAACUGCCGUUUACCGUUACGAUGUCCGUUCACCGGUCAACGUCUCCGGCAACGGAGUCAACGAUUUCAUUGGUUUUCAGUCCAACCCUAUCUUGAUCUCUAAAGGCGUUCGAGCAUUAGAGAAGUCACUUGAAGCUAGUAAAAGCGAGAGUGGGAAGUGCACGACGGCUGAUACUACGUUGGCUUACAAGAAAUUAACCGGGAACGGUUUAAAGAACAAUGGUUUACUCUUUACCGGGUAUCCGGUUAUCGGUAACCAAGGAAAGAUUCAGACAUCAGGGUCUUGCCUUUACUCAUCCUCCUUUAGAAUUGAUGUCUCUUGCUCUUGGGAUCCAAGAUAUAAUGGUCUGUUCUUCUACGAGACAACUGCUAUAUUCCCGUUACCUCGGUUUAGAGACUUUAUCCUCGACGUGAAGAAGCUACGAGACAUGAAACCCGAAAGACUUUGCGGCAUCGACAUCUACAACGGCAUCCUCAUACGUUUCAUCAAGGGCUCAAAGGCUUAUCUCGGCCAGGGAGAGGACUCUGUGGUCAUUGACUUUAACUAUUACCGAGCGGACGAUGCGUUGACCCCGAGGUUAAACCAAGAUGUGAUGGAGGAGAUGGAGCAGAUGGCGUUUUUAAAAUACGGGGCAAAGCCGCAUUGGGGAAAAAAUAGGAAAGUGGGUUUCUUUGGCGUGAAGCAAAAGUAUGGACCUAACUUUGACAAGUUUUUGGAAGUGAAGAACAAGUUAGAUCCUAAGAUGAUGUUUUCUAGUGAAUGGUCAGAUGAGAUUCUUUUUGGGAGAGAAGGUUUAAAGUAUGAUGGAUGUGCACUUGAAGGGAACUGUGUGUGUUCUGAAGACAGGCAUUGUAGCCCUUCUAAAGGUUACUUUUGUAGACAAGGUCUUGUUUACACACAAGCUAGGGUUUGCAGAUUCUCCUCAGCUAAAGUUUCAAUGGCUUAAUUAAAAACUUGUUGUUUCCAGUGAUUAAAAGAUAAUAAGAAUAAAAAUUCAUUUUUCAUUAUGAAUGUAUUGGACUCUCCUCCAGGAUCAUUAAUAAAAUAAAAUAAAUAUAUAAUUGUUACUCA